AUGGGAAAAAAGGGAAAAGGAAAACAGAAGCAAGAUGAGAAACUGGCAACUGGUAAUGAUAAUGCUACUCUACUUCAACCACCAUUAGCCACGGAGGGCGCUAAUGUGCCCAUGAUGGACAUCGGCAAUAUGCAUUCGCCCAUGCAUCCUCCAUCUAUCCACCAAGAACAUAUUCAACAGGUAUCCCAAGGCACAGCCUGGGGUUCCGCUCCUGGAGAUGGAAAUUGGGAUUCUCCUGGUGGUGGCUUCACUGAAUCUGCGAUCCAUACAGACAAUUGGGCCUCUGGAACACGAGAAAACGAUGGUUGGCAUCACGCAGAUAGUUUACUUGAUCCCCCACCAGUCCAUUCACAUAACAUCUUACCUACCAUUCACGAGCAAAUUCACGAGCAGUCAUCCUCCGGCCAUUUUGAAACCAGGACGGAAUCUAUCGUAGGCAGUGAGAUAUAUUCUGACGACGACUACGGUCAAGAAACACAUCGAGGUUUUCAUUCCCCAUACCCGCAGAGUCGCACUGGAACAGCGACAGCCGCCGCUUCCGCUAUGGGCAGCCCUCGACCAGCCCCACCCGUCUCUCUUUCGCAGGCUGCUGCUGAAGCUGCAAAAUUGAAUAAUCAACACAUGAGUCAUGCGAGCGAAGCCGCUCGGAAACUGGAGGAGAGUAAAGCACGUCAGAAAGACAGCUCUGCUCUUGCUAGUUCCGCGGUUCCUACUCCUGCUGUGCAACAUGUACCCCUUGCUCCUCCUACCCCUCCUGCACCGGAUCGCACCAAGAUGUCUACAGCGUCAGCAUAUGCGGCACUUCACGAGAAAAAGAACGCCCCUUCCGCUGUCAAAACCCCGUCCGCCCAACCCUCAACCUCCGGAGGCAAAAACACCUGGCAGUUCCGUCCUGUUCAUCCAGGAGAUGAAAAUGCCAGAAUCAUCCCUACAGAUCCCAGUUGGAUCAUGACUGGCGGUAACGAGUGGAGUAAUAAACAUCGUACAUCCAAAAGUGCCCCUGCAGUCCCCACCGCCGCAUACAUUGACGAGGAUGCUUGGAAUCGACAUUUGAAUCAUUACCGACAAGCUCAGCAAAUGCAACAGGCGAUCCAUGACAAAAAAGUUCGCCAGGCCUUCCCAGCUCAGCAUAGACCUCAGCAUAGUAAACAUCACUCGCAUCCGGGGCACCCUAUGCACCACCAGGGACCUCAACAUCUUCACGAACGCCAACAUCAGCGUCACCAGCAUCAGCAACCUCACCACCCUCAACAGCCACAAAAGAAUCCAAAGCAAAAUCAAAAGUGGCAACGUUGGGGUAAAGAUGGAUGGAAUGAAGAAGAGGAAGAAGAGACAGAGGAAUAUUCGGAAUCUGGCGAGGAAACAGUCGAUGAAUGGGCAACAGCUGCACAGCACUCUGAUGCCUGGGCCCACUCCGGUGGAUGGGAACAGCCAACAAGAUUUGCAGGGGAACGAGGCCGAGUACCGGAUAAAAAAGCAGAAAAUCAUUGGGGGCAAGCAGAACCUUGGGGAGAAGUCGCUGGUUCCGGGACUGGAUGGCGUCGUGAGGCUAGUGAAGGAGGGGGCUGGGGAGAGGCAUGGGGGAAACAAGGCGGGCAACAACAUCACCAGCACCAGCAACAACAACAAAAGCAGCAUUCUGUUCAACGUGGCCACCAUCCAGGCCAUGGAAAUGAGUGGGGUUCGGAAGGAGGCUGGGGCCAGGAAACUUCAGCGUGGGGGAAAACUGAUGAAAAUGCAUGGGGUUUGUUGGGAGUUGGGGGAGAUCGGGGAAAAGUGUCAGAGUGGGACACUGGGGGAGAUCGAGGAAUCGGCGGAGCAACAAAUUCUAGGUCUGAAUGGCCGGCAACUGCUCAACAUAAUCAAUCAAAGAUACCCGCCAACGUCGCCGAUAUGUCAGGGAGUCGGAACACAGUGUCGGCUCAACAGCGUUCACAGAUAUUAAAUUCUUUUCUCAAUAAUGCUCAAGGUCAAAAGCAUGCUGGAGGGAAUGCUGCACAACUUCACGCAUCUGCACUUGCUGCCGCUCAAAAAGGACUUCCAAAAAACAAAGUUCAGCAUGAUGCCUGGGUGGGAGGAGCUUGGGAAGCUGAAGAUGAUGGCUGGGGCUCUUUGGAGGAUGAGGAUGGGUACGGUGGUAAUAGACGGGUACAUUUCUCUCCCAAAACUUCCGACAUCUGGGGUGGCAGUCCUCGUAGCGUCCCGUCUAAAACUUUAGUACACGCUCAGCAAGGCCUCGCGACAACACCGAUAAAUGACGCCUCCAAUGUUCGUUUUGUCGAAUCCCGAGGUGCAGCAUUCGCCUAUGUCUCAAGCGCCUUCUUCGGAAAUUCCCGACUGGCCCGCGAGAGGAUACAUUGGAUGUUUCCAGUGAACAAAGACAAGCGUGUUGCAGCCAUGCAUGCAUGGGUACAGAAGAUGUCAUUUAAUAUUGGCACGUACGGGGAUCCUGCAUUUGAUUGGCUUACCUUUAAUCAACUUCAAGGGACAAUGGACAAGACAUUACAAGAGUCCGUAGCAUUCUAUGAUCCCGCCCGUUUGGUUAUUGUGUUUGUAUAUCUGCCUUCACAAACUGGUAACAGCGUGGCAAUUUGGCGGAUAAAGGUCAAUGUUCCAGAUAAUGCCAGGAUCAAAUACCAGCAGGAGGUUUCUGCGAUAACAAAAACUCUGCGAAAAGAUACAGAAUACAUUGUCAUGGUCGAUGAGAUACCUCCCAAGCCAAAAGCUCCACAGAAAAGUGGUCUACUACGCAAGACUUCAUUGACGAAAUCCAAAUCGAACGCCAAAAACCUCCCCUAUACACCGAACGUCAAGUCUGCCCCAAAGGAAAAGCGAAAGUGGUGGAAGAUUUUCAGCUGA